AUGCAAUGGACACUGUUCACUCAGCGAGCAAACAGUACAGCCAAAAAAGGACAGCUUGACUGCACAAGACUUUACAAGUGGAUCCAUGUCAUAUGCCUAAAGAAACAAGGAAUUAAUAAAUCGUGCAUACUUCCAGGUAUGCGUUUGAGAACCUGUCUGCUGAUAGCAGUAUCUGUAUUACUGGUCAUCGGUAUCGAUGGAGCACGAGAUCGAAAGAAGAGCAAAAAUCGCCACCGCGACAGCGAAAAUACUGCUGAAGACACUGAAGAAGGACAUGGCAGAUCUGGCAGUUUCUUUGGAGAGCAAGAGCAGGAUGACCGGAGAAAGGAAAAACAGGAAAAAGUGAAAGAACGUUUGAUGGAGAAAAAAGAAAGGGAAAAGGAGGAAGAAAGUAGUGAAGAAAAGGAUGACAAGGACAAGGACAAGGAGAAGAAUUCAACUGCAGGUGCAGAGAUCGAAAUACCGAAGAGAUUGCGAAGAACUUUCCAACUAACAAGAGCCAGAGAACUCAAUGACGGUGAACAGCGCCCUCUUAAUAACAGAAUUAUCUACUCAAACAGUAAACAGCACAGGGUACGGCGGUGGCCUAAGAAAGAUCAUGUGAAUAUGCGUAAAAAGGUGAAAUCAGCAAAAAAGACGAUCAAACAUAAACCCCUUCGCCUUCGCCGCGCAAGAAAGUAUGACAGCAUGGAGAACGUCGACCCUUAUGUAAGAACGAGAUUCAGAAAGUCCUCUCGUGCUCUAGAUUCUACGGAAUUUUUCUAAGAAGCCAAUGACGAAGUACUGCUCUGCUCAACUUACUCUUUGUUUUUUGUCUAUUAGUCAAUAGAAUUUUGCACAUUUAUCCUCAUUUGAUCUAAAAUGUACUAUUUAGUGUUUGGCACUCAUUUUGUCUCAGCAGCUAUAAACAUGUUGAUGAUAAUCA